UUGCUGUGGGAUCCCAGCAUCACCGUUCACUUCGAGCCACACCGCGAUCCGCUCCGCUUCUGGCUGAGGGAAAGAUCUACCACCUUCAUGUGAAUAUGAACAUAGAUGACACAGAGGGGCACAGCGUCAGAGCAACGGGAUUCCUGUCCGUUUUCAAGAGAGGAUGUAUUAGAUGUGGUCCGGUGGACUCCCAAGCUAAGAAAAUGGGGAUUAAAACUGGAGUUACAUUUUGGAAUCUGAUAUUUUUUAUGAUGGUCACAUGCGUGCGAGGUUUCAUAUAUACAUGUGGUGGAACAUUAAAAGGAAGGAAUGGGACCAUUGAAAGUCCCGGUUUUCCAUAUGGAUAUCAGAACGGGGCAAACUGUACGUGGGUUAUUGUAGCAGAGGAGGGCAACCGAAUUCAAAUAGUCUUUCAGUCAUUCGCAGUGGAGGAGGACUAUGACUUUUUAUCCCUCUACGAUGGACACCCGCACCCAGCUAACUUCAGGACGAGGUUAACGGGUUUCCAAAUCCCGCCUCCCGUCACAAGCACUGGGUCUGUAUUCUCCUUGAGACUCACCAGUGACUUCGCUGUGAGCGCGCACGGCUUUAAAAUCUAUUAUGAAGAAUUGCAGAGUAGUUCUUGUGGGAACCCUGGUGUCCCACCUAAAGGCAUCCUGUAUGGGACGCGCUUUAAUGUAGGCGACAAGAUCCGCUACAGCUGUGUAACCGGCUACGUGCUGGACGGCCAUCCUCAGCUCACCUGUGUGACCAAUGCAGGCAAUGCUGCUGUAUGGGACUUCCCAGUGCCCAUCUGCAGAGCUGAGGACACAUGUGGUGAUACUCUGAGGGGUUCAAGUGGCAUCAUUACGAGUCCCAAUUUCCCGAGUGAAUAUUACAAUAGUGCGGACUGUACGUGGACCAUACUUGCUGAUCCCGGAGACACCAUCUCCAUCAUUUUUACAGACUUCCAGACGGAGGAAAAGUACGAUUACUUGGAGGUGGAGGGGUCCGAGCCACCAACAAUAUGGCUAUCCGGAAUGAAUGUCCCAUCUCCUGUUGUUAGCAACAAGAACUGGCUGAGGUUACACUUUGUUACUGACAGCAACCAUCGAUACAAAGGCUUCAGCGCCCAUUAUCAAGUGAAAAGGUCUGUAGAUUUCAAAUCUAGAGGAGUAAAAUUAUUCCCUGGCAAAGACAACAGCAACAAGUUUUCUAUCUUAAACGAAGGAGGGAUCAAACAGGCCUCUAACUCCUGUCCAGACCCGGGGGAACCUGAAAACGGCAAGCGCAUUGGCAACGACUUUAGUAUUGGUGCCACGGCCCAGUUCACCUGCGAUGAAGACCACGUUCUCCAGGGCUCCAAAAGCAUCACGUGUCAGAGAGUGGCGGAGGUGUUCGCAGCAUGGACUGAUCAUAGACCUGUUUGUAGAGUAAAAACUUGUGGAUCUAAUCUUCAAGGUCCGUCGGGGACGUUCUCCUCACCGAAUUUUCCCAUUCAGUAUGAAAGCAACUCCCAGUGUGUGUGGAUCAUCACAGCCAGCAACCUAAACAAGGUGAUUCAGAUUAACUUUGAGGAGUUUGACCUAGAACUGGGCUAUGACACACUAACCAUCGGUGAUGGAGGGGAAGUGGGAGACCCGAAAACCAUUUUGCAAGUUCUGACUGGCAGCUUUGUUCCUGACCUCAUCGUUAGCAUGACCCAUCAGAUGUGGCUUCAUCUCCAGUCUGAUGAAAGCGUGGGAUCUAUAGGCUUCAAGAUCAACUACAAAGAAAUCGACAAGGAGAGCUGUGGAGACCCAGGCACCCCUCUGUAUGGGAUGAGAGAAGGAGAUGGAUUCUCCAAUGGCGACGUGUUACGCUUUGAGUGCCAAUUUGGAUUUGAGCUUAUUGGAGAGAAGACAAUAUCCUGUCAGAACAACAACCAGUGGUCUGCCAACAUCCCCAUCUGCAUUUUUCCCUGUCUUUCAAACUUCACUGCACCCAUGGGCACAGUCCUCUCUCCGGAUUACCCAGAGGGCUAUGGGAACAACCUUAACUGCGUGUGGCUGAUCCUAUCAGAGCCCGGCAGCCGUAUCCACUUGGCCUUCAAUGACUUUGACCUAGAGGCUCCAUAUGACAUCCUGACCGUGAAGGAUGGAGAGAUGCUUGACUCGUCUGUGCUUGGCCGUUUCACUGGGGCCGAGGUGCCAUCUCAUCUCACCAGCAACAACAACAUUCUCCGGCUGGAAUUCCAGGCUGACCACUCCAUGUCAGGCAGAGGUUUCAACAUUACCUACAACACAUUUGGCCAUAAUGAGUGUCCGGAUCCAGGAGUCCCCCUGAACGCCAGACGUUUCGGUGACAGUUUCCAGCUAGGCAGCUCCAUCUCGAUCAUCUGCGAGGAUGGCUUCAUUAAGACCCAGGGAGCAGAAACCAUCACUUGUGAACUCAACGCUGGCAAGGUGAUGUGGAGUGGCCCCAUCCCAAAGUGUGAAGCUCCCUGUGGAGGCCACUUCUCAGCUCCUAGUGGAGUUAUUUUAUCUCCUGGGUGGCCGGGUUACUACAAAGAUUCGCUCAACUGUGAGUGGGUCAUAGAGGCUGAACCGGGACGCUCCAUAAAGAUCACAUUUGAGAAAUUUCAGACAGAGCUGAAUUGUGAUUUCCUGGAGCUUCACGAUGGGCCCAAUCUUCUCUCUCCUCUAAUUGGCUCGUUCAACGGCACCCAGGUGCCUCAGUUCCUAUUCAGCAGCGGCAACCACCUGUACAUGCUUUUCACCACUGACAACAGCCGCUCAAACAGUGGCUUCAAGAUCCUGUAUGAAAGCGUAACAGUAGAUGCCUACUCCUGCCUGGAUCCAGGGAUUCCAGUCAACGGUCUUCGCUACGGUCAGGACUUCUCCAUCGGUUCCACCGUGUCUUUCGGCUGCGACUCGGGCUAUCGCCUCAGCCACGAAGAGCCACUGGUCUGUGAAAAGAACCACUGGUGGAGCCACCCACUACCCACCUGUGACGCACUCUGUGGGGGUGAUGUUCGAGGACCUGGAGGCACCAUCCUGUCCCCGGGAUACCCUGAGGUCUACCCCAGCUCCCUUAACUGCACCUGGACUGUGGAAGUCAGCCAUGGCAAAGGCGUUCAGUUCACCUUUAACACCUUCCACCUGGAGGACCAUCAUGACUACCUGCUCAUCACUGAGAAUGGGAGUUUUGUUCAGCCGCUCGCCCGCCUCACAGGCGCAGAACUGCCCACGCCCAUCAACGCGGGGCUCUAUGGCAACUUCAAGGCCCAGCUCCGCUUCAUAUCUGAUUUCUCCAUCUCCUACGAAGGUUUCAACAUCACAUUUUCAGAAUACAACCUGGAGCCGUGCGAGGAUCCAGGAGUGCCACAUUUUGGGCGCCGUAACGGUUACAGCUUUGGCAUCGGAGAUACGCUUUCCUUCUCUUGCAAUAUGGGCUACCGCCUGGAGGGAGCACCAGAAAUCAUUUGCCUGGGAGGGGGUCGGCGCAUGUGGAGCGCACCUCUGCCAAGGUGUGUUGCUGAGUGCGGCUCAUCUGUCAUCAACAAUGAAGGGAUUCUGCUGUCACCGAAUUACCCCAUGAACUACGAGAACAACCACGAGUGCAUUUACAGCAUACAGGUUCAGGCUGGGAAAGGAAUCAACAUUUCUGCCAGAACAUUCCAUCUGGCUCAGGGUGACAUUCUGAAGAUCUAUGAUGGUAAAGACAAUGCAGCUCACAUGCUGGGCGCCUUCACCGGUUCAUCUAUGCUGGGUCUGACCCUCAUCAGCACCUCCAAUCACCUUUGGCUGGAGUUCUACAGUGAUGCGGAGGCCACUGGAGAAGGCUUCAAACUGGUCUAUUCCAGUUUUGAGCUCUCUCACUGUGAGGACCCUGGGGUGCCCCAGUUUGGCUUCAAGGUCAACGACCAGGGCCACUUCUCUGGCAGCACCAUCACCUACAAGUGCGACCCCGGAUACACACUGCACGGCAGCGGCGUGCUCAAAUGCAUGACAGGAGAGAGGCGAGCCUGGGAUAAUCCUCUUCCUUCCUGCAUUGCUGAAUGCGGUGGACGUUUUAAAGGGGAAACAUCAGGACGCAUUUUGUCGCCAGGUUAUCCGUUCCCCUAUGACAACAAUCUACGCUGUACCUGGGUCGUCGAGGUGGAUUCGGGCAACAUCAUCAGCCUGCAGUUUCUAGCCUUCGACACCGAAGCAUCCCACGACAUCCUGAGGGUAUGGGACGGGCCUCCAGAGAAUGAGAUGUCUUUGAGGGAGGUGAGCGGCUCUCUGCUGCCGGAGAACAUCCACAGCACCCUCAACAUGGUUACCAUUCAGUUCGAGACGGACUUCUACAUCAGCAAGUCUGGAUUCGCCAUAGAGUUCUCAAGUUCAGUGGCCACUGCCUGCAGGGAUCCAGGAGUGCCUAUGAACGGCAGUCGUAAUGGAGAUGGGCGGGAGCCUGGAGACACUGUGACCUUUCAGUGUGAUCCUGGGUAUGAACUGCAGGGAGAUGUAAAGAUUACUUGCAUCCAAGUGGAGAACCGCUACUAUUGGCAACCAAGCCCUCCUGUCUGUAUAGCUCCGUGUGGGGGCAAUCUCACCGGUUCCUCUGGGUUUAUUCUGUCACCCAACUUCCCUCAUCCAUACCCGCACAGCAAGGACUGUGACUGGCUCAUAGCCGUCAACUCUGAUUACGUCCUGUCUCUUGCAUUCAUCAGCUUCAGCAUAGAGCCCAACUACGACUUCUUGUAUAUCUACGAUGGACCGGACAGCAACAGCCAACUGAUCGGGAGCUUUCAGGACAGCAAGCUUCCAGAACGAAUAGAGAGCAGCUCCAACACCAUGUACCUGGCCUUUCGCAGUGAUGGCUCUGUCAGCUACACCGGCUUCCACCUGGAGUACAAAGCUAAGCUGAGGGAGUCAUGCUUUGAUCCCGGUAAUGUGAUGAAUGGCACUCGGUUGGGCAGUGACUACAAGCUGGGUUCCACUGUGACCUUCUACUGUGAGGCAGGCUACGUCCUCCAGGGCUAUUCCACUCUUACCUGCAUUAUGGGUGAUGAUGGCAGGCCUGGCUGGAACAGGGGACUGCCCAGCUGUCAAGCACCAUGUGGAAGUCGCUCCACUGGGACAGACGGAACCGUGCUGUCACCGAAUUUCCCAAGGAACUACACAACGGGACAGAGCUGUGUGUACUCUAUCUCUGUACCCAGGGAGUUUGUUCUAUUUGGACAGUUUGUCCUGUUCCAGACAUCUUUGAAUGAUGUUGUGGACAUUUAUGAUGGGCCAACACAGCAGUCCUCUCUGCUGUCUUCUCUCUCUGGGUCUCACUCAGGCGAGUCGUUGCCCUUGAGUACAGGAAAUCAAAUAACUAUCAAGUUUACUACAGUUGGACCGGAAACUGCCAAAGGCUUUCAUUUUGUCUACCAAGCCGUACCAAGGACCAGUGCGACGCAGUGCAGCUCUGUUCCAGAGCCUCGUUUCGGCAAACGCAUUGGCAACAACUUCGCCGUGGGCGCAUCAGUGAUGUUCGAGUGUAACCCGGGCUACACGCUCUAUGGCUCCACUGCCAUUCACUGUGAAACCGUACCUGAUGCUCUGGCUCAGUGGAACGACACGUUGCCCACUUGUGUUGUGCCUUGCGGAGGGAUACUGACGAUGCGUAAGGGGACCAUUUUGUCCCCGGGUUACCCGGAACCCUACGAUAACAAUCUCAACUGUGUGUGGAAGGUGUCUGUUCCUGAGGGAGCUGGAAUCCAAAUCCAAGUUGUGAGUUUUGCCACGGAACAUAACUGGGAUUCUCUGGAUUUCUAUGAUGGCGCAGACAACAAUGCACCCAGACUGGGCAGCUAUUCAGGAACCACCAUUCCUCAGCUCCUGAAUAGCACAUCUAACAACCUCUACCUGAACUUUGUGUCAGACAUCAGUGUGUCAGCAGCAGGCUUCCAUCUGGAAUACACAGCUAUUGGCCUAGAUACAUGUCCAGAGCCUCAGACUCCAACCUAUGGGAUUAAAGUAGGGGAUCGAUACAUGGUGGGAGAUGUUGUCAUGUUCCAGUGUGAGCAAGGAUAUUCUUUACAGGGAAAUGCUCAUAUCACAUGUAUGCCUGGACCAGUGAGAAGGUGGAAUUAUCCAGUACCUCUUUGCCUCGCUCAGUGUGGUGGAGCCAUGACAGAGGUUAGUAGAGUAAUUCUGAGCCCUGGUUUUCCUGGCAACUACCCAAGUGGUCUGGAUUGCACUUGGACGGUCACCCUUCCCAUUGGCUUCGGAAUCCACGUGCAAUUCCUGAACUUCUCCACCGAGGCAAUCCACGACUACCUGGAGAUCCGAAGCGGGCCUAGUGAGACUGGUACAGUGAUUGACAGGUUCAGUGGGCCGCAAGUUCCCGAGUCGCUCUUCAGCACCACCCAUGAAACCAGCUUCUUCUUUCACAGCGACUAUUCCCAGAAUAAACCUGGAUUUCAUAUUACAUACCAAGGUAAGACUUUGAACAUUUCCCACGAUCCAUUAGGUGUCUUAUUAUUGAGUUAUUUGCAUUCAUCCUCCUCAAUUGUUUGUUUUUCUUCAGCCUAUCAGCUGCAGAGCUGUCCUGACCCCCGACCUUUCAGGAAUGGUAUCGUAAUAGGCAGUGACUUUAGCGUGGGCAUGACGGUGUCUUUCGAGUGCUUACCUGGUUACUCUCUCAUUGGCGAGACCUCUUUAACAUGCCUCCAUGGAAUCAGCAGAAACUGGAACAACCCUAUACCACGCUGUGAAGCACUGUGUGGUGGAAACAUCACUUCCAUGAACGGCACCAUCUUCUCACCGGGUCACCCAAAUGAAUACCCCAACUUCCAGGACUGUGUGUGGAGUGUCCGGGUGCCCCCUGGAAACGGCAUCUACAUCAACUUCACUGUCCUCAGCACUGAACCCAUCUACGACUACAUCACUGUGUGGGAUGGUCCUGACCAGAGUUCGCCCCAGAUCGGUCAAUUCAGUGGUAACACAGCCCUGGAGUCUGUCUACAGCACAUCCAAUCAGAUCCUCAUCAAGUUCCACAGUGACUUCAGUGGAAGUGGUUUCUUUGUGCUUAGCUACCAUGCAUACCAGUUACGAGUCUGCCAGCCUCCGCCAGAAGUGGCAAACUCCGAUAUCCUGAUGGAAGAUAAUGAGUUGGAGAUAGGUGAUAUUAUCCGCUAUCGCUGUCACCCCGGAUUCACCCUGGUGGGGAGCGAGAUUUUGACGUGCAGGCUGGGAGAACGGCUACAGAUGGACGGGCAGCCUCCUUCCUGCCAAGUGCAAUGUCCAGCUCAUGAUGUCCGCUUUGACUCAUCUGGGGUGAUUUUGAGCCCUGGGUAUCCAGACAGUUACCCCAACCUACAGAUGUGUUCUUGGAGCAUCAAUGUGGAGAAGGGCUACAAUAUCACCCUGUUUUUUGAGUUUUUCCAGACUGAGAAGGAAUACGACAUUCUAGAAGUCUUUGACGGACCCACAAUUCAUAGUCAAACUCUGUCUACAUUGAGUGGUGACCUCCCCACACCCUUCAACAUCACCACCACUGGCCACCAGCUUCUUCUGCGCUGGUCAGCUGACCACGGCACCAAUAAGAGGGGGUUCCGCAUCCGCUAUGUCGCUCUGUACUGCAGCACCCCAGACUCUCCUCUCCAUGGAUCUAUUAGCAGCCAGACCGGAGGACACAUAAACAGCCUGGUACGCUGGGCCUGUGACCGUGGAUACAGGAUAAUUGGGAAGAGCACGGCCGUUUGCAAGAAGACCCCCUUUGGCUACAAUGCCUGGGACGCCCCUGUUCCUGCUUGCCAAGCUGUCUCCUGUGGGGUGCCCAAGGCACCUGUGAAUGGAGGAGUGCUUGCCAUGGACUACUCAGUGGGUACACGUGUGACCUACUUCUGCAACGAUGGCUACCGGCUGUCCUCCAAAGAGUUGACCAGUGCUGUGUGCCAGCCUGACGGCACCUGGAGCAACCACAACAAAGUCCCUCGCUGCUCAGUUGUGGUUUGCCCAAGUAUCGGAUCUUUCUCUCUGGAACACGGAAGAUGGCGGAUUGUUAACGGUUCACAUUAUGAGUACAGGACCAAAAUCAUCUUCACCUGUGAUCCUGGCUAUUACCGCUUAGGCCCCGCCCACAUUCAGUGCAUGACCAAUGGUGUGUGGAGCUGGAAGAACGAAAGGCCCCACUGCCAAAUCAUCUCAUGUGGGGAUCUGGCCACGCCUCCCAAUGGCAAGAAAAUUGGAACUCAGACCUCCUUUGGGGCGACAGCCAUAUUUACAUGUGACAAUGGGUAUAUGCUGGUGGGAUCUACUGUGAGAGAGUGUCUAUCUUCUGGACUGUGGAGUGGAACAGAGACGCGCUGCUUAGCCGGCCACUGUGGUUUACCCGAGCAGAUCGUCAACGGUCAGGUGAUCGGGGAGAACUUCGGCUACAGAGACACGGUAGUGUACCAGUGCGUCUCCGGCUUCCGCCUCAUCGGCUCCUCUGUGCGCAUCUGCCAACAAGACCACAACUGGUCUGGACAGCUGCCCAUCUGUGUCCCCAUCAGCUGCGGGCACCCGGGGAGCCCCAUCUAUGGGCGUACCGUAGGCAAUGGCUUCAACCUGAAUGAUGUGGUGAGCUUCUCCUGCAACAUGGGAUACGUGAUGGAGGGCCCUUCUCGGGCCCAGUGUCAGGCCAACCGACAGUGGAGCCAGCCACCACCAACAUGUAAAGUUGUCAAUUGCUCUGAUCCUGGGAUUCCAGCCAACUCUAUCAGGCAGAGUAAGAUCGAGCAUGGAAACUUCACCUUUGGCACAGUGGUAUUCUACGACUGCAACCCCGGCUAUUACCUGUUUGGAUCUCCUGUCCUCACCUGCCAGCCCACGGGUCAGUGGGACAAACCACUGCCCGAGUGCAUCGUGGUGGACUGCGGACAUCCUGGAUCUCCUCCCAAUGGAGUGCUGAGUGGGGACAAGUUCACCUUUGGCGCCACGGUGCGCUACAGCUGCACGGGUGGCCGGCAACUGAAGGGCGAGUCCUCACGAACCUGCCAGCUCAACGGCCAUUGGAGCGCACCCAUGCCCUUUUGCUCAGGUGAUUCAUCAGGGACAUGCGGUGACCCAGGCACACCAUCCCAUGGUAACAGAGAUGAGAGUGACUUUCGGAUACGUAGUAAAGUGCACUUCAGCUGCUUGGUGGGAUAUGAGCUUUUUGGCUCCGCGGAAAGGAUGUGCUUCCCCAACGGCACAUGGUCCGGUACUCAGCCCUCCUGCAAACCGGUGCAGUGUGGUAACCCUGGGACUCCCAGUAACGGACGGGUAUAUCGACUGGAUGGCACCACCUUCUCACAUUCGGUCAUCUAUUCCUGUAUGGAUGGCUACCUGCUAAGUGGCUCCACCACACGACAAUGCCAAGCUAACGGCACCUGGUCUGGCACUGCACCCAACUGCACCUUGAUCAACUGCGGAGAGCCAGGAGUGCCAGCCAAUGGGCUGAGAUAUGGUGAGGACUUUACCAUUGGACAAAACAUCACUUUCGUGUGCCAGCCUGGCUAUGCAAUGGAAACUGAGAGUUUCUCCACCAUCACUUGUACCGGAAAUGGUACCUGGAAUGCCCCUGUGCCUUUCUGUAAAGUCGUUACCUGCACAGCUCCUCCACCCAUCUCAAACGGCCUCCUGGAGGGACAUGACUUUGAGUGGGGCACCAGCGUGAGUUACAGCUGCUCCCCAGGAUAUGAGCUCUCUUUCCCUGCCAUUCUCACCUGUGUGGGCAACGGGACAUGGAGUGGUGAGAUGCCCCAGUGCUUGCCGAAAUUCUGUGGAGAUCCCGGAACCCCUGCCUUUGGCUCGAGGGAAGGUCGCAGUUUCAUCUACCAGUCCGAGGUGUCAUUUAGCUGCGUGGCUCCCUUCAUCCCAGUAGGCAGUACUACACGCAUUUGCCAGGCUGAUGGCACCUGGAGUGGAUCCCAGCCUCGCUGUAUAGAGCCAACUCGCACCACCUGUGAGAAUCUUGCGACGCCCCGUUAUGGCUCUCUUAACAGGACUUUUGGAUUUAAGGUUGGAAGUAUGGUGUCUUUCCAGUGUCAGCCUGGUCACCUGCUGCAGGGCUCCACCACACGACUCUGUCAGGCCGACCUAACUUGGAGCGGGACCCAGCCGGAGUGCAUCCCCCACAGUUGUAAACAGCCAGAGAGUCCUCCUCAUGUGGAUGUCGUGGGUAUGGAUCUACCCUCCUAUGGUUACACACUCAUCUACACCUGCCAGAUCGGCUUCUUUUUGUCUGGGGGCUCUGAGCACCGGGUCUGCAAGUCUGAUGGAACCUGGACUGGGAAGAUGCCUGUGUGUCGAGCGGGCUCCAAACUCUCCGAAAAGCCUAUUAAACCAGUCCCAGGGACGCCGAGUCCGAAGCUAAAUGUUCCUGAUGAUGUAUUUGCCCCUAACUACAUCUGGAAGGGCUCGUAUAACUACAGAGGAAGAAAACAACCAAUGACUUUGAGUAUCACAAGCUUUAAUACAACCACGGGAAGGGUUAACGUCACAUUAACAAGCAGCAACAUGGAACUGCUGCUUUCAGGUGUCUAUAAGAGACAGGAAGCACGUCUGAUGCUGCUGGUGUAUCAUGUGAAAGCGCCCUCAUCCACCACACUCGGCAAGAUCAAAGAAGAGCAGUGGACCCUGGAUGGAUUUGUGUCUGCUGAACCAGACGGGUCCACAUAUGUCUUUCAAGGCUUUGUACAGGGUAAAGACUACGGCCAGUUUGGCCUGCAAAGGCUAGGUUUGAAUAUGUCGGAAAGUAAUAAUUCGUCGAAUCCACCACAUGGUACAAACAGUAGCUCUGUGGCCAUAGCAAUCCUUGUGCCUUUUUUUGCCCUGAUAUUUGCAGGCUUCGGGUUUUAUCUCUACAAGCAGCGGACUACUCCAAAAACCCAGUACACGGGCUGUUCGGUUCACGAGAACAACAACGGGCAGGCCGCCUUCGAGAACCCCAUGUACAACACCAACGCUAAGUCCUCGGAAAGCAAAGCUGUCCGAUUUGACCCCAAUCUGAACACAGUCUGCACAAUGGUAUAAUUAGGUCCGCCUGAUGCCAGAACAUCUGUGGAGUUUUUUUGGUUUUUUUUUAAGGGUUUUUGCUUUGUUGUUUUUUUCUAAAUGGAGGUGGAAACAAUCGCAUUACAGUCAUGGACGGAUAUGUCCGAGACUCGCAGAGGAUGUCUAGCACAAACGCUGUUGCCCUUCCUCUGAUUUAUAAAGCACACUCUUCAGGAAACAUUAGACCAUGUGCGUCCACGGAGGACACGUGUGAAGUAUGAAACAAAUUGUCAUGGGGGAUUUUUUUUUUUUUUUUUGAAGACUCAUUCUGAAAAGCUUCUUCAUGACAGAAAGCAUGAAGAGAUUCUUCUGCUACCUUAUUCACACUCUGUGAGUGCUUCUUCACAGUUGACUGGGUAUUUUUUUAGGGGAAAGGGAUCUGUAAAUCUACUUGCAUAUAUAUGAGGAGCAUUCACCACCUAUAUUUUUGUGCUAUAUAUUACCACAUGGGAGAGGCCAAGAGAGAAUGAUUCUAAGAAGAGUUUAUGAGGAGAUUCACAUCGACCGAUACGUGAUUUCUCUGUUUAUUUACAGCUCAUUCACAGUCAUUCCUUUAGCUUCGGUUCCUGAUGUCGCCAGUCAUCUCUAUGAUUGGGCAUUGAGGCAUUAUGUGAUGUGUUUGGGUUAAACGGGAGAAAGUGUGUGGAAAAGUGUUGCCAUUACCUCCUGAGGAUUUUUUUUUAUUUUUUAUAAAUGUUGUAGAUCUUUGAUAUUCAGUGUGUGUGUGUCUGUUGAUCUUCAGAAUGGGCCGUAGGACAAAUGUCAGCAUUUUGACCUGAAGCCUGCAGAUUCGUUUCUCAUUUCUAUUUAUUUUUAAUUGGUGUUUCAGUGCGGAAGUGUCAUCGAGCUCCAUUUGUAUUUGGGAAACAAAUUUGAUAUGAUAAUUUGGUCAUUGUAACAACUUGCCAUUCUUAUUAUUACUGUUAUUAUAGAGAAAAAUUUGUAUAAAAUGAAAUGCACUUGACAUUUAUACGGUAUACUUUUAUAUAAACCUCAGAUUACAUAUGGUAACAUACAAAUGCAUGUUUCUUAAGGUAUAUUGAUAUAUGGUGGCAACAAUAUGAUCAUAUCUAUCGUGUACAUAUGGCCUGUGAAACACCUUUCCGGUUAUGUCUGACCAAAUCAUUAACAAGCAUUGAUUAUCUGACCGUAAAAAAUAUCUCAAGUGGGUUUGGUCAACCUAAACAAAGUUAUUACAAAGAAAAUAGACAUAUCACACGAUAUGUUUGAUAGGAGAUGAAAUUCAGAAGACUUUAUGGUCAUAAGAACGCAGGGACAGACACUGUUGGCCAUGUGUUUCCAGGCCUGCAAGCUGUGAGAUUCAUUCCAGUGCCUUCUGAAGUCCUCACCACCACAUUUUCCUCAAACAGGUCAUAUGAAAGGGUAUUGGAAAUGAUUACAUGUCAGUAGAUUGAAUGUGAUAUUACAGUCCAGGUAUUCAGUUGUGCAUCGGCAGGAGCACACGCUGCAGUCUUCAGGAGGCUAUGCUGACAAUGUCCUGGAGUUCCCAAAUCCAACAAACCAACCUGUGAUAUUUUUUGCAUUCAUUUUAGCACUCAGCCAUAGCGAUUUGCAGUCUUGCACAUCAUUGACAUUACUGAUUUAUUAGAAUUUAUUAUUUACCUCUAGGAUUUUUUUUUUAAAUACAUGGCAGAUUUUUACACAGUGCCUACCAAAUACCAUGUGACCCAGGUCUGCUGCUUCCUCACUUCCUCUACUCAUUCCUCACCUCUGCCAUAUAGUUUAUGGAUUUUAAUUUCUCCCCGCUCUUGAAAUGUGUGGUUCAAAAAAUACAAUUUUAUCCAAUGCCACUGCCCGUAAAGACAUUUUAAGUUCCUCCGCCAGUCUGAACUUAUUUGCCAACAACAGCUUUUGCUAUAACUGACUGCAAUAAAAGAAAACACAUUUAUGAUAAAAAAAGGACACUUUUCGAUCAAACAGAUUAAUAUUUGCAGUACAGCUGGGUACUCCUCCCAUGUUAAUGCAUUCAAAAGAGAUAUAAAAAGGGUAAAAAAUAAAUUCAAAAAAUGAUUAAAAAAAAGUUUUGUAAAGAAAUAUAUUUUUAUGAAGAAAUUAUUUGUAAAAUGUAUGAAGCUAUUAUGUAAAUUUUCAAUGCAAUGUAAGAUUAAAAAGGCUAAUUCCUUUUUGUAA